CAUCAGCCCACCCUGGAGUGCAAGAAACCUUUUGAAGUGGAGGAGCCCCUGGAUGUCAACACCCCAGACCUGCUGUCUCCAACAGGUGGCAUGAAGCAGAAGAAAGUCACCUGUAUGUUCAUACCUGAUGGCCAGGUGUCACUGCCCAAAAUUUUUGCAUUCUGACCUGAAGCAAAAAUUGAUCGGCGUGGCUUCUGCGAGGGUGAAGACAUCAACAUCAGCGCAAAGUUUGAGAACACUUGCUCCCGUAUUGUGGUGCCCAAGGCUGCCAUCAUUGCCAAACAUAUCUACCAGGUCAAUGGCUGCACCAAGGCCAUGGCCUCCUCAGUGCGAGGAAACCACAUCAUCUCUGGUAUGUGUGAUGCCUGGCAGGGAAAGACCAUCAGAGUACCAAAAAUAGAACCAUCCAGGCUGAGCUGCAACAUCAUCCGUGUGGAGUACGCUCUGAUAAUUUAAGUCCACAUCCCUGGUAGUGAGAAACUGAUCCUGGAGCUACCACUGGUCAUUGGGACCACAGGUCUGAGCAGGAACAUACUAUGUUGA